GGCCGGGGCUGGUCGGCGGGGGCGUGCAUUUAAAGGGAGCCGCGGAGCCAAUGCGCAGGAAGGGGCCGAGCAUGUGGGGAGGUUGUUUACACCAGCCCGGCCCCGGGAGCUUUAACCCGGCCGGCGGCGAGGCGCGGAGCGGGGCUCCACGGACGCUCGUGUCCGAGAUGGCAAGUGUGCUGUCCAGGCGCCUGGGGAAGCGUUCUCUGCUUGGCACCCGGGUCUCUGCCCCCAGCACCUUGGCUGAGGGGGUACUGGUGACCACUCAGAUCCCCAGCUUGCAGACUGACCUCAACCGGGCAUCUGCCCACGCGGCACUGCGAGAGGAUGGAUCCUGUGCGCCAUUGGUGGAAGAGAGCUGCCAGGCACCCAGGUUCCCCAGCCCCGGCCACCAGCAGCUCUGCGCUGGGCAGCAAGUCCUUGUCACCUACAGUGGGCAGGAGUGUGCCGGCCUUGUGGAGCAGCCCAACCUGCUGAAUGACAAAGCAAAGGUGCUGCUGCCGGAGCAGGGCUUGCAGGCAUGCUGGAGGGUGCAGGACGUGCGGCCGGCCGCGCUCCAGCCCCCUGCCCUGCCUGCAGCUGGCGGUCCUGGCCCUGCUGAGAUGUUGCAGAGAUCUGUAUCCAGCAAUAUCGAUGUACCCAAGAGGAAACCCGAUGCCGCUGUGGAGAUGGAUGAGAUGGUGGCAGCCAUGGUGCUGACGAGCCUCUCCUGCAGCCCUGUCGUGCAGAGCCCUCCCACCAGCGAGAGCGGCAUCCCCUCCUCACGGGCAGUAUGCGAUCCCUGGAAGGAGAGUGGUGACGUCUCGGACAGCGGCAGCAGCACCACCAGUGGGCAUUGGAGCGGGGGCAGCGACAUCUCCACCCCUUCGCCCCCCUACCCCGCAGGCAGCCCCAAGUACUCCAGCGAGGCUCUGAGCUCUUCCCAGGUGGACGACGGCUUUGAGACCGAUUCUGACCCAUUUCUCCUCGACGAACCUGCUCCGCGCAAGAGAAAGAACUCGGUGAAGGUGAUGUACAAGUGCCUGUGGCCAAGCUGCGGCAAGGUCCUGCGCUCCAUCGUCGGCAUCAAGCGGCACGUCAAGACCCAGCACCUUGGGGACAGCGCAGACUCUGACCAGCGGAAGCGGGAGGAGGAUUUCUACUACACCGAAGUGCAGGUGAAGGAGGAGCCGGUGCCGGAGGUGGCUGCCGCUGCCAGCCCCACAUCCGCCUCCGCUCCCAUCAUCAUCCAGCAAGCCCUGGCAAAGCCAGAGGCACUGCUGGUGGAACAGCCAGCACUGGAGCCUGCCCUGGCCAGCAGCACCCUUAGCCAGUCUGCCCCCAGCUCCUUCUGGCACAUCCAGGCUGAUCACGCCUACCAGGCGUUGCCCUCGAUCCAAAUUCCGGUGUCCCCCCACAUCUUCACCAGCAUCAGCUGGGCCACUGCCACCUCAACUCUCCCGUCCCUGUCACCGGUGCGGAGUCGGUCGCUCAGCUUCAGUGAACCCCAGCCACCAACGCCAAUGCUCAAGUCCCACCUGAUCGUCGCCUCACCACCCAGGGUGUCCAUUGGCACCAGGAAAGUCCGUGGUGAAGCCAAAAAGUGCCGUAAGGUGUACGGCAUUGAGCACCGGGACCAGUGGUGCACGGCCUGCCGGUGGAAAAAAGCCUGCCAGCGCUUCCUGGACUGAGCGCAGCACCUGCGGUGCCGCGUCCCUCCCCUGCUCCUGCCCAGGGAGCACCGGAGUCCCUCACUGCUGCAACCAGGGACCUUGGAGGUACCUCCUGUGACCCCAGAAGACACCUCCAGAGCUGCGUGUAAAUUCCUCCUUCUGUAUAUUGUACAUCUGCUGGGUUUGCUCUUUUUUUUAAAAGAAAAACUUUUUCCAAUUUUUUUUUUUUUUUUAAAGAAACCUGAAGAAUAUCUCCCUUUGUAUGGUAAAAGCUGGGGCUGGGAGGGAAGGAAGCCGGUUUCUUGGGGUUCAGGGGAGAUUGUAGGCGAUCUGGGGACCAAAGAGCUUCUGCAUUUCCCAGAUCAGUCCUAAAACCUCCCGACCUGUCACAGCGUGGCUGGGGUGAGGCGCUGAGGCAGCUUCCUCUGUCCUUUGACUACCUAGAAAGUGCAAAUCCCUUGUAUCCUUUAAGGGAGGGGAUAGGCGACAAUUAUAGCUUUAAAAAAGAAAUGCUGUUGGGUUGCUGUAGGCAAGGCAGGAGCGGUUCUUGGGGCAGGAGUCAUAGGUUUCUCUCCCUGCGUGGAUGUGGUCUUUGCUUGUGUCGCGUCACACCGGUAGCUUGAGCCUGUAUGUGCCUCUGGUCGGUUCCAGCGCGUCGUUUUUUGGAGGUAUUUGCAGGGAAAAAAACCACCCAAAACGUUUUAAUCAGGAAAACUAUGAGAACUUUUAAGGCAGAACCUGGUGUUCCUUCUCAUUUUAGGCUUCGUAAGUCUGCUUAGCUCUGUGAAAAAUCUACGUUGUGGCCCUUGCUGUGUCUUCAAAAACUAGACUGAGCAAUUUGGUUUUUAUUUUUAUUUAAUGAUUCCACCAGUAAAGGAAGCUGGGAGGACUGGGAAGGGCUUUCCCUUAGCGUCACCAUAUGGCCCCAAUUCAGCAAAACAACUCCAAUAUUUGCUUCCGAAUCCCAUCGAGGCUGCUGGGAGUCAGUUUUCUGACUUCGUCCUUGAAAAUAUAUGUUAUUUACCCAACCCAGAACUGCUGCUGCUUUCCUGUCCCUGUCGCGGCUGUCCCACCUACACCAGCAUUGCCGGCAGUGUCAGGGUGGGAUGCAUGCGGCUGGGGAGCCGGGUUGCCCCAUCGGCCCUCUCCCCUUGCUGGAGCAGGCAGCCAUUUGGAUUUUUUGUUUGGUUGUUUUUUUUGCUGCUUUUUUGAUAAUCAUAGGCCAUAACCCACAGCUGUCGAGCCGAGAGCAAUCCCUGCAUGUGGCUGGAGCCCAGGGUGUUUUUAAGGACCCUGCACCAAGGCUUAAUUUUCCUUAAAAAACAAAUCAAGAGGAUCAGAUAUUUCUCCCUGCUCUUGAAGUCUAGUUGUUGAAGGGAUCAGGUAGGCAGGCGAAGCGGGUUGAACAUAAGUACGUGUUCCUGGUGCUUGUCGACGUGUUUGGGUUUUUUUUUUUUUGGUUGGUUGGUUGUAACUUUGUACAUAUAAACAUUAUAUUGUCCUGCAACCUGAUCUUCUCUCCGGUAUCCAACUGGUGGAUGCAAAAUUUGGCCGCUGGAAAGCAGGAGCAAAACUGUGACCCCGUGGGGUUCCAUCCCUGAGUGGGUCCGGCUCAAAUCCCUGGAAAGAGAAGAGGUUUUGCUCCUUGAGACCUGUUUGCUCAGGCUCCCAUCCCUCCUGGAGCGUAGGUUUCAGAUUAAAAUGUCGGGAAAAGCCUUUUCCUCUUCCACCAGCGUCGGGGACUCUUUGCAGGAUCCCAGGUUAAGCGUUUUAUUGUGAGAAUGACUUUCCAAAGCGCGUUGCAGGUCGGUGCUCUGCAUCCUCAGUCUUGGUAACAAUUAAUUGCGUGGUGGGGUUGUUGCACUACUCAAAAAUAGUUAAUCUUUGUUUGUUUUUUUUUUUUUUUUAAAUAUAAAAAAAGCCCCCACGCAUGUGCUGCUGUCUGACCGCCGGCGUUCUCCGACCUGCGUCACCUCGCGUAGCUCAGUGUGUUUAUCAUUUUGGGGAAGGGCCCUGUGAUGCCAGGGUGCUGGUGGUUUUCGGCGAUGCCAGAGAUGCUGGUGGCUCUCUGGAAGCGAGCGACACUUUGGGAAGUCCCACACAAUGCCUCGCUUGCAUUUUCAUUUUUCAAGUAUUUUUUAAAAACAGGGCUUGAAGCAGCGCCCAGAGCACGGAAGGAAAAAAAAAAAAAAAAAAGUUUGUGCUUUCCUCAGACCUUGUGCCUUUGCCCCCACGACUCAGAGAGACCCAGGCAGGACUGGAGACUUUUACUGCUCUCUUUUUAUGCCCUUUCUGCCCCAAAGGCCAUUGGGCAGAGCCGGAUCCACGCCGGUGCUGGCCAGACACCACUCGGCUCCCAGCAAAAUCACUCAGGAAAUGUCAAAACAAGCCAUUCGGGGUCGGCAUUGGGGUUCAUCCCCCAAAACCGGGGUGCAACAUGUGGCACCCCCGGUCCUUCCCAGUGCAGAUCAGGGUUUUCACUGGUGGGAGCUUGGGUGCCCGAAAAAUAAAGCAAAAAUGACUUCCUGCUUUUCUGUUAAAGAUGAUUUCUUUUUUAAAAAAAAAAAAAUAUAUGGAAGGGAAGGAGGAGGUGUUAAUGACUUUGGAACAAGCAGGUGUGCACAGCGUGCAACAUCCUCAGGUGAGAUGGGGGAGCCGGUGGGACCCCUCCAAGCAAAUAGUGGGGAUGCGGCCCCUGCAGCCCCCUCAGCCCUCGCAGUGCCGCCUCCUCCCGCAGCACAUAGCACUUACUGCCCGGAGAAACUCUUAUCAGUGUUUUAUGGGGGUGGGAGGGGUGGGACGUGCGUACGGCUGCUGCUCCGAGGGCUUUUGCGGUACAAAAACUGGACAAAGUUGUCCUUGUCUUCGUGGCUCUUUUCUGUUGGUUUUUUAUUUUCAAUGGAGAAAAUGGUGCAGGGUGGGUUGGGUUUUUUUUUUUUGGUUGGUUUUGGUGGGUUUUUUUGGUUUAUUUGCCCCCCCCCCUUCUGGUUUGGAAGUAUUUUGAAAUUUUUACACUUUUAAAAAAGAAAAAUUUUCUCGUAUUUUUGCAGAAAUGACAGCAGGCUUCCACUGUGUCUAUUGGGUUGGCUGGCACUGAAAAUAUAUAUAUUUCCCCUAUUUUUUUUUUCCCCUUUUCUAUUGUUUUUCAACUGGCUUCCAGCCACCUCCCGCCCAUUGGACUUUUCCUCCCGACACUCGAGUCUCGCUGGUCUUAAGGAAACUCGUCUUCGGCCCCAACCACGGGUGACCCCCACCUGUAAAUCCAGCCCGGAGAGUUUUCCCUCGGCCAUCCCCCUGCGGAGCAUGUAUAUGUAUGUACAUAGGAACCUCUUAAUUGGGCACUAAUUAAUUGGAGGCUGCUCCCCCUGCCCCUCUCCAGCGAGACCCCACACUGUCACAACCGCCCCGUUGUCACCGGCGGGAGAUGGGGAAAGGCUUGGGGAGGCUUGUCACCCGGCCGAGCGGGGACGAUGCCGCAUCAAGUGAAUUUUCUGUCGUCUUGGAGCUUUUCUCAGCUGUCUUCCAAGUAUUAUUUUUAUUGUUUAAAAAAACAAAAAAAACCAAACAAACAAACAAAAAAAGGUUUAAAAAAAAAAGGUAAAAAUAAAAUAAAAAUGUGAAAUGUAAUUUUUACAGCAGCAAUAUGAAAUAUAUUUUAUAAGAAAUAAAAAGAAAAGUUGCCUGGUAGCUGCCUGGCUCUGCCUUGUCCUUGUAGCCCGUGUUGCGGGGAUGCCUCGCUGUCCCCUGGGGACCCCCCCGCUGUCCCCUGGCCCGGAGGUGGGGACGCUUUGUGCGGUGCUCGGGGAGCCCCUUGGCACAACCGUUCCUGGCACCACUAGAUAGCAGUGUCUGCCCGGCGCUGGCGGUGCUGCUCCUGCUGGAGCGCAGCAGCUGCUGCCUUCCCUUUUUUUUGC